AUGGCCUCCACAGGUACCGUCUUGCGCCGGGCUUUAUUGUACGUCCCGGGCUCCUCUCAGCGCAUGCUGGACAAAUCUCGCAAUCUCGUCGCGGACUGUGUGGCAUAUGACCUGGAAGAUAGUGUAUCCCAAACAAGAAAGGCCGAAGCACGCACCUUGAUUCGAAAUGCCAUUGACCAACCCAAGCCAUCUGGCAUAAAAGAGCGCGCUGUGCGCAUCAAUUCCGUCAGCAGUGGGCUGGCCCUAGCUGAUCUUACAGAAAUGGUCAUUGAAAGCGCCUCUGACCUCCACUUCAUCUCUGAUGUAAUAUCCCAUACUCGCUCCAACCUCAAACCCACCGAAUCCAAUCCAGACCCAUCCAAAAAUCCACCAAUCUCCGUUAUAGCUUUAAUUGAAAGCGCGAAAUCAAUUCUGAAUCUUCCUCAAAUCUGCACUGCCGCCACACAUCAGUUAUCAGGCCUAGUCUUCGCUGCAGCAGACUUCUCCAAAGAUCUAAGCAUAACCCAAACACCCUCUCUAACCGAAUUCCUCUACGCGCGCUCUGCAAUUGUAACUGCUGCUUGUGCACAUAAGUUGUCGUCAAUAAUUGAUCUAGUAUGCACGGACUUCAAGACACCUGCUGUAUUGGAGGAUGAGGUGCUGAAUGGCAAGCGCAUGGGCUUCAAUGGGAAGCAGUGUAUUCAUCCAUCUCAAGUGGAGUUAGUGCAGCAGCUUUUCAGUCCUGAGUUGAAGGAGGUGGAGUGGGCAGUGAGGGUUAUUGUGGCUGAUACGAAGGCAGCAGAGGAUGGGAGGGGUGCAUGGACAUUGGAUGGAAUGAUGAUUGAUGUUCCUGUUGUGGAAAGGUCAAGAGAUAUUGUAAAGAAGGCAGAGCUUUGUGGACUUGAUGUGGCGGCGUUGAAGAAGAAGUUUGCAAGUUUAUAG